CGUCCUCACUUAUCCUCUUUCUGCGACUCUCUUCUCAUUGGUUAUCUGUAUUCUCUCCCCAUCCUGUAGAUCCAAAUUUCCUUUUCCUUCUUCAUUCCCAAUCCCAUUCUUUAAGCUUCGCCAGAGAAACUCUAAUAUCUUUCAAGCAAUCUAAAGUUAAGGCGCCAAAACCUUCAAUCGAUAAUUCUAGGCGUUCUAUAAUGCAAUCAAUGGCUGCUUCAAUCACUAAUGCGCCAUCCGCGGUCAAUUGCCCGAGCUAUGUCGGUCUCCGAGCGCCGAAGAGGACCUUCAACUUAUGCGUUCCUCAACCUGCCACGAAGUCGUUCCCUCCGCGCCUUUUCGUCGUGAGAGCGAGCGAUUCCGAGUUCGAGGCCGCCGUUGUCGCUGGAAAGGUUCCGUCGGCGCCUCCCGUGCCGCCUAAACCGGCGGCUCCGGUUGGGACUCCGGUUGUCCCUUCGCUUCCACUUCAUCGGCGUCCUCGUCGGAACCGGAAGUCGCCUGCGCUUCGGUCGGCUUUUCAGGAAACUAGUAUUUCGCCGGCGAAUUUUGUGUAUCCGCUCUUCAUCCACGAAGGUUAGUCUCUUUGCCCACGGUGAUUUUUUGUAACUUAGAGAACUUAUAUAAGUUAUAAGCAUUUUGAGUAAACGCUGUUCUAGUUUCAUUUCAUUGUUCACUGUCAUUUGUACUAAACAUAAUAUAAAUGUACUACCAAGGAGCCAAGUUUU